AUGGAAAAACUCGCUCAACUUGCCAACGCAAAGAAAAACAUUCGUGCCACCUUCAUCGAUGCACUAAUCAAAAGUUCACACAGUCUUCAGAUUGUUGCACCAGAGAAGGUUGAGAAGGUUGAAGAGGAUGACGAGGAAAGUAUUCCACAAUGCUCUAAAACUGCAAAAGGCGUUUCUAUGUUUCACACAGCGAAAUUUAUUGUUGAUGCAACGAAAGAUCCUAUUGUUUGCUGUGAAUGCAAGAAGGAGUUCUACAACCCUACCAGAUUUGCUGACCACGUUAUUGACCACGAAAGAAACGUGAAAAUUCGAAACAUAUGCCGUUUAACACAAACGAUCCCAAUCAAAUCGCAAGCCAUUUUAGCUGAAAGUUUGAGGCGACGGGAUUUGAAGACAUUCAUCAGAAAAGGAUUCGAAAAUUGUCCCAGCGAACUUAAAUGCUCAAUGAUUUCUCCAAUGUUCAAGUACCUGGGCAACAGAGACCUGAAAGUAUAUUUGGGUCCUGUUCCGAACAAACCAGAGCUUAUCAGUGUGCAGUUAUCUAUUCAUCGUAAGAAGCACAACGUCCACUUUGACAUUUCAUCUAUUCAACGAAAAAUAAUCCAAUUGCGGAGACAAAAACAACAGAGAAUCCAAAUAAAAGAGGAAGCUAAAUUUGCGAGCGAGUGUAUCCAGCAGAUAGCUAUCCCGGAUAUUGUCUUGAAACAGCGUACCAAGGAGGAAUCCACAUGCCUCGCUAAAGCUCUAAGUCUUCCAGAAGGUUUUACUCAGGAUCAACUCAUGAUGGCUAUUUCGAAGAUGGAUGGUUACAAACCUAGCCCACCAAAGGAAGAAGCCUCGGCAGGAGUCUCAAUGAAUGGAAGAAAACGCCACUAUACACAGUCCCGCGAUUAUUUCUCAAUUACUGCAAAACGUCCAUGCACAAGUCAGAAAAUGGAGCAAGAAGAGGAGGACGACGACUUUGAAGAUGCUCUUGAAUGA